AGCUGGGCACAACGCGUACAGCCACGAGAUCAUGGGAGUGCUGGGGGAGCUGGCCCUGGUCAUGGAGAAGCUGCCAUCCUGGGCAGCCCCUCAGCCGGUGAAGAAGAACCUGCUGACGAUGCGGGACGAGGCGUACAUCUACCCCGAGCCGCUGGGGGUGGUGCUGGUGAUCGGUGCCUGGAACUACCCCUUCGUCCUGGUCAUGCAGCCACUGAUCGGGGCCAUCGCAGCAGGCAAUGCGGUAGUGGUGAAGCCGUCAGAGGUCAGUGAGCACACGUCCCAGCUGAUUGCUGAUAUCCUCCCUCAGUACCUGGACCGGGAGCUGUACCCGGUGGUCACAGGAGGAGUGCCUGAGACAACGGAGCUGCUGAAGCAGAGAUUCGACCACAUCCUGUACACUGGGAACACCGCCGUGGGCAAAAUCGUGAUGGCAGCGGCUGCCAAGCACCUGACGCCCGUCACCCUGGAGCUGGGUGGGAAGAGCCCCUGCUACAUCGACAAGGACUGCGACCUGGCCGUCGCCUGCAGGCGGAUAACGUGGGGGAAGUACAUGAACUGUGGGCAAACCUGCAUUGCCCCGGACUACAUCCUGUGCGAGCCGUCCAUCCAGAGCCAGGUGGUGGAGAACAUUAAGGCGACUCUGCAGGAGUUCUAUGGGGAAGAUGUGAAGAAGUCUCCGGAUUACGAGAGGAUCGUCAACAAGCGCCACUUCAGGAGGAUCGUGAGCCUGCUGGAAGGCCAGAAGAUCGCGCACGGGGGAGAGACGGAUGAGGCCUCCUGCUUCAUAGCACCCACCAUCCUGACGGACGUUUCUGCGGAGUCCAAGGUGAUGGAGGAGGAGAUCUUUGGGCCGGUGCUUCCAAUUGUGUCAGUGAAGGGCGUGGACGAAGCCAUUGAGUUCAUCAACAGUCGGGAGAAGCCCCUUGCCCUCUAUGUCUUCUCCAACGACAAGAAGGUAAUCAAGAGAGUCAUCUCAGAAACCUCCAGUGGGGGCGUUACUGGAAAUGAUGUCAUCAUGCAUUUCUUCCUCUCAACCUUACCCUUUGGUGGUGUCGGGAACAGCGGGAUGGGCGCCUACCACGGCAAGCACAGCUUUGAGACCUUCUCCCACCACCGCGCCUGCUUGAUCAAGGACCUGAAGAUGGAGGGCACAAAUAAACUCCGGUACCCGCCUGGCAGCCAGAAGAAGCUGGAUUGGGCCAAGUUCUUCGUUUUGAAGCGGUUUAACAAGGGCCGCUUGGGACUGAUCUUCUUGGCCCUGCUGGGGGUUGUGGCAGCAGUGGUGAUAAAGAUGGCUUACUAGUGAAGAGAGGAGAAGACACCGUAACCCAUGUGCAAGAUAUUCUGAGUGCUCACUUUGAGUCUAUUUCUUUAAGUCUUUUUUUUUUUUCUUUCCUUUUUGAGCUGGAUUAUUUCAGUGAGCUGUUGAGCACAAAGAGUAGCCCUGGGAAGGCACUAAACAGGGAGAAGCCUUGGACUCGUGUUUACUAAAAGGCUGUAAUGAAAGAAAGGGACCUUUGGGUACAAGCUCUCAAAAGGAGAACAGAAGAGCAAGAGACACCAGUACCUACCACCAGCCCGUGCCAUGCAGAGCACAGCUUCCAGGAACACGCACCCUGUGUCUUACACCAAACUGCUUCACUUCUUUCAGUGACAAACAGGAGCUCAAGUUUCAGCUGUCACUGGGCUGACGUUGUUUUCCCUGCGUUUUUUGGGAUGGUUGCUCUUCUGUCGUGCUCCAAACAGCCACCCUCUUGGUGACAAGUCUGAGGCUGUGCUCCUGCUGUGCUCGCUGAUGAUUUGUGCCCAUAGUGAAGGUUAUGAAUAAACCAAGCUUGCCUUCUAAUUGAGGUGAAAUAUUCCCAGAUCCCUAUGAGCAAGAAUCAUCCAUAGUCGGUCAGGUGAUGCAGACUGCCACCCUUUUUGGGGCUCUGGUUUUCACCACGUGCCUCUUAACAAUUAUUUGACAAUUAGAAGCUAACAAAGAAGAUUAUGCGCUGCUCAUAUUUUACUAAUAAGAAUAUCUUAUGCUUGUACAAAAAAAAAAAAAAAACAAAAAAAACAACUUCAUGGCCUGUAGAGAGAAGUGGUAAUCAUGAAAAACCUGUUCCUGGUUGGAGUCUUUGAAGAGGAAACAAUUACAGGAAGUGCGUGUACUCCUUUGUGUUUGAGCUUCUGGGUCUGCUAUAAUCUUGCACUGGGUUAUAACAGGGGACCUGUUCUAGCUUGGGGAGACAAUACUGGAGAAAUUUAAGAUGAAAGGACUUAGUAAAUGUUGUUUAAAUAAAAUUUAAAGUGAUGAAAGGAAGAGGAAGUAAUUCUUAGAAAAUUGUAUUCGCUGUGCAGGAGGUGGGAUUUCUUCAUGUCUGGUGAAAAUCCAUACAAUAACUAUUUUUAAUUAUAUAUUUUGCAAGUACAAAAUAAAUGCUAAGAACUUAAAUAAUGAA